CUCAUCGUACGGCCUUGCAGCUGGCCUUGUAGACGCCAUCACGUCGGUGCAGUACAUGGCUGCACACCAAAAGGAGAAGAACGCCGCCUGCAUCUUUCUCCUCUGUGUGUGCCUCUGUGCCUUCAGGUUCCGGUGAGGGCAAGGCGGCCUCAUGGGCAACACGUUUGCCCCGCCAGACGAUUCAGCCAGGAUAGGCCUGUUUGCGGUGGUGUUCGGCCCCACCAAGUGCGUCUACAUCGAUGACCAUGCCUGCAACGAAAGCGCCGAAUUCACCUCCACCAUGAUGGACCGACACGCGCCAGCGGCAUGCACCAAGGGAUGGCGGCCCGGGUCAAUCGGAUGGUGCUACGAGAAAUGGUGGGACGUGCCCGACAAGGCGAGGCUGUACACUCACUUUGAUCCCAAGGCCGUCAAGCGGGCGUGUGCAUGGCAAGACAGGUGGACGCUUGAGCGGCGGAUUGGUGUUGCUGUGGGGACUGGUAUUGCGCUGAUAGGCGUGGCUGCCAUGUGGGCGAAACCAAAGUGGAUCAAACGAUGGGUCAAGUUGGUGUGAAUGAAUGUGACUGUUGACUCUUCGCCAACGAUUCUCUU